GGAAAUCACCACUAAUCCCGCAAGGCUGAGCCCGCGAUAUCACCUUCCUUAGCAACCGCAUGUUGACGACCAGCGAUCGCGUUCCAGAACAGUAUCAUUACAAAUUACGAUUCUUCAUCAAUAUCAUAAACUUUCAGUGAUAUUCUUUACAACAAUCAACUGGUAGAUAUGUAUCACAAGGGCUAAAGAGACUUGUUUGCUUUUGACAAGAUGGCAACGGCUGUUAACGCAUCCCUUCCAAAACCGCCAUUCGGCACAUUUCGUCUUCACCUAUCCGAAGACCCCAUCGCUUUGGAACAACGAUUUCGUCGCCAGCAAGCAUCUGGGAAGUUUCCGGCCACGUUCACCACUUACGACAUACCGUCGUUUCAAGAAAAAGAUGAAGCGUUCUUUCGUAGAUUUGCCGAAAGGGGAGAACGCCGAGCGGAGGCUCCGAGGCGAAGCGACACUCCGGUCGUAGACCCAACAAGUGGUUUCACCUCGGUCGGCGCUGAUGCCGAAGACGGAAAUUACAAACAAAUAGAACCUCUUGUGAACAAAGAUCAUCGUCCACAGUCAGCUAUACCGUAUGGUAGACCAAUUGUUUCACCCAUUCCGGACUUAAGGGCUCAAAACGCGCCAUGGGAGACAAAAAAUAUAGAACUGGAGCAACUUUUGCAAAACCCAAGUCAAUUUCCUGGAUCCAAAGAAGCAAAGGAACUUUCACAAAAGGUUCCAACCAGUGAACUGCUGAAGAACAAAGAAUGGAGAGAUGCAGUGGCAACUAGAGCAUUCUAUACAUCAGAAACACAAAAGUUAUACAGUGGAGUCGAUUGGAGCUCAAGAAUUCCACCCUCUGUGCCGCCACCAAGCACCACGGUUGAGCCUCAACCUGAUAUGGUGUCUUACAGAUUUGCUACCAAAAGAUAUGCUCCCAGGCCUGAACUUUGGCAGCAAAUGGGCAGUAGACCACAUAGCUGGGAUUUUGUUCAGUCACGGAAUGGAAAUCAUGUUCAUGGACCCAUUGAUUUCUGCAGUCCAAGCAAAAAGACAGGACACAUACCAGGAUACAGUGGGCAUGCUCCUGGCUUUGGAGAGAGAGACCACCCAAGAAAAACAUUUACUCCAAUUGCUGUUGUGCGGACUUCACAGCCUAGAUAUACAGACACGGCAAAGCGUGGUAAUAUUCCCGGAUACGCUGGCUGUGUGUUGUUCUCAGCUCAUCAUCCUAGCCACAGUAAAGAGCCACAGCCUAAAGCAUGUACAACUGCUAGAAUACACAGAGAACUCAAAGUGCCAACAAAAGUUCAGCUAUCCCCAUUCAGACAUAAAGGACCAAUGUCAAAGAUGGUGACCCUUACUCGCCCCUUUAAUCCAUUUAACAAAGUUUAGACACUUCACUUUGUGUGCACAUUCAAUGUUAUGAGCUGCAUGUACAUGUAGCUAGAGGCCUAUUGUGGCCUACUGCUGCAAGUUAAGUGGGAUUUCAGUAGAAAAGUCUAUUGUGUCUUAACAUGGUCACUCUGUGCUGCAAGAAGUGAGAUGGCUAUCGUGCAAAGCACUUCUUUUGGGUGUUUUUAGCAAUGAAUUUGUUUGGCAUUUUUUUAACUCAAAUGGGUAAAAAUUAAUAUUCAGCUUGUUAGUAACAUUCUAAAGACUUUCACGAAAAAAAGGCAUGCAGAUAUUUUCGUUGAGUUGUAAUUUUGCUUUUCUUUGUUAUUUUCAAUUGUUACUUUUGUUUUAUUACAGACUAGAAUUUUUCACAGACUAAAUUCAGAAUAACUUCUUCUUAGUCUCCUUUAUGCCCUUACAUAGUAUUAUUCUCAUCAGUCAUGUCACAGCAGUGGAGUGUUACAAGACGAUAUUCAUCGAGUUUUGCAGGUUAACUUUCAGUUAUUUUCCACUGAUACAUUGAUUUAUUGUGCUGACAAGUUGCAAACUGUAGAAAAGUAACACUUAUGUAUCUUCUCUUGCAUUCAUCCUUCAUCAUGCAACACCCUUUUUAAGUGAAUAUACUUUUCACGUGUGCUUGACAAGACUAAACCAUGGUUGCAAAGGAAACUAAAUAAAAAGUAAGAGUGUCUCAGGUGAAGUACUGUUUGUAAAUUUGAACUCUGUAAAUAGUGCAAACAGUGUUUACAAAAUAUUUAUUAAUUUAUUGUC